AUGGAGUUCCCUGAUACUGCUGUCGGCAUCUACCAUACCCGACUGCACCUUGUUGAGUUGCAGUCCACGCGGCACGAAGCCAAUAUACGGCACCCUGGAGAAGACUGGCCAGGCAUAACGAACCAGAAGGAGAGGAAGAAACUUGAGAAUAGAUUGAACAAACGACUUUGCUACAAAUUUGACUGGCUAAUUUGUGCCGCCGUCUCUCCCUUUGCAUGCGACGAGCAGAGCUGUAACUCGGUGUCGACGACGAUGGCCCCCAUGCCGGGUAGUCUCGUACCUACAAGCAUGCAGUUGACCAAAAUGCACCACCCCUGGCUUGACCUGUUCCCUAUUCCCAGGAUGCGAGACAAUCUUUUGAUAGCUACAAGCGUUCUGUCUCCAGAGGAGGAGCAACUACUUUUCGACGAUGUUAUGGAGGCGGGUAAUGGAAAGAACGAAUGGACUGGGCUGCUAGUUUGGGGAGAGCCGUGGGAUCCACAAAGCUGGGAAGCAAGUAUUCCCUUCCUACAAAGAUCGUCAUGGCUUGUAAGAGGCUACCCAGAGAUUGUAACAUCCACCAAUCGCUGGCGACGUAUGCGAGGUGAAGAGGCGAUUUCAGUUCCAGGCUUUGUCCUAGAGGAGUGUUAG